AAUAAAAAAAAAAUAAAAAACACUUUUUAAAACACCGAUGAGUAUCGGGGAGUGGAAAAAAAAGUGGGAGCAUUGGCCAUUUAUAAACUCAGUAUUGGCCUCAUUGUAGGAAAAUUAAAAAACAAUGGCGUCUUCGCUUCUUCGCCGGAGAUUCUCAAACUUCAGCGUUUCUCGUCAUAUUUACGAUAAGUUUGAGAGUUUCCCUUUGGAGUUUAAAUUAGGACUGUUGGCUUGUCAAUGCAAUUAUUUGAGGCUGUUCAGCAGUUGUGUUUCUUCAACUGGAUUUGAUUUUACAGACUUGACUCGUCCUCAUACAUGGUACCCAAUUGCUCGAAAGAAGAAGAGAACUGUUUAUCUUCAUGUGGGACCCACAAACAGUGGUAAAACAUAUCAGGCUUUGAAGCAGUUGGAAUGUAGCUCAACUGGUGUAUACUGUGGACCCUUAAGAUUAUUGGCUUGGGAAGUUGCAAAACGUUUGAAUAAAGCUAAUGUUCCUUGUGAUCUAAUCACUGGACAAGAGCGGGAGGAAGUUGAAGGUGCAAAACACAUGGCUGCAACUGUUGAGAUGGCGGAUGUGACAUCUGACUACCAAUGUGCCAUUAUUGAUGAAAUUCAGAUGCUGGGUUGCAGGACCAGGGGCUUUUCCUUUACUCGUGCUCUGUUGGGACUUGCUGCAGAUGAACUACACCUAUGUGGAGACCCUGCCGCUGUACCUCUAAUUAAGGAAAUUUUGAAAGUCACCGGUGACAAUUUACAGAUAAAAUAUUAUGAUAGGUUAUCACCUCUGGAACCAUCAAAGGUGCCUCUUGGAUCAUUUAAGAAUAUAAAAAAGGGGGAUUGCAUAGUUACCUUUUCACGUCGUCAAAUAUAUAAUUUUAAAAGAAAAAUUGAAAAUGAGGGAAAUCAUCUUUGCUCUGUUGUGUACGGUUCACUACCCCCGGAAACUCGUACUAGACAGGCAACUAUGUUUAAUGAUGCUACCAGUGAGUUUGAUGUUCUUGUGGCUAGUGAUGCUAUUGGAAUGGGUCUCAAUUUAAAUAUUUCUAGAAUCAUAUUUUCAACGCUGCAAAAGUUUGAUGGUCAAGAGAUGCGUGAUCUGACCGUGCCAGAGAUCAAGCAAAUAGCAGGAAGAGCUGGUAGAUUUGGGUCCAAGUAUCCAGUUGGUGAAGUGACAUGUCUAAACGGGGAAGAUCUACCACUACUACAUUCAUCACUCAACUCUCCAUCUCCAGACCUAGAGUGUGCGGGAUUGUUUCCGAGCUAUGAUCUUAUGCUCAUGUAUUCAAGAGCGAAUCCACAAAAUGGAUUGUACCAGAUAUUGGAACACUUUUCAAUCAAUUCUAAAUUAGCAUCAAAUUACUUCAUGUCCAAUUGUGAAGAAUUGCUGAAAGUAGCUGCCAUUAUCGAUGAGCUUCCACUUGGUUUGCGUGAGAAAUAUAUCUUCUGUAUCAGUCCAGUUGAUGUGGAUGAUGAUAUAUCAUCGCAAGGACUUGUGCAGUUUGCACAAACAUAUGCCAAGAAAGGCAUUGUUAAUUUACGGGAGAUUUUCACACCUGGGACACUUAAGGUGCCUAAAACACCAGCUGCUAUGCAAGAACUGGAAUCUAUUCAUAAGGUCUUGGAGCUUUAUGUGUGGUUGAGUUAUCGCUUGGACGAUUCAUUUCCUGACCGUGAAAUGGCAGCUUCCCAGAAGUCUAUUUGUAGCAUGUUGAUCGAGGAGUUCCUAGAGCAAUAUGGUUGGCAGCAGCCACAGUUCAAGAAAAAAUUAACCCUUUCAAAAUCAUCUCUUUUAUCCCUGUAUAAAAGGCCACAACUGUAGUCUCCCCUUUGGUGUAAUACUGAUACUAUUGCAAUUUCCGUCAAGCCUAUCAGUCUUUUCAAGAACUGUACUGUGGGAAGUGAAGCGUGCAGUACUCCUCAAGUGAUUGCGAUUCCAUGCUUUUCCGAAGUGUUUGGUCUCAUAGAAUUUACAAUGGACAUGGCAAUGACAGUUCAUCAUAUACUCAGUCGACAGGCAAAGUAUUACUCGAAGUUGUUGGAAGAAAUUACAUGAUCAACAGGACUUAAGUUGCUUUCCUCAUGUAUACCUCAUUAUAAUAAUACAAUUGUCUUCUAAAUGGACAAAAUUAAGUGUAAAUAGCUUUACAUUAUACUUUGUUAAUCUCUUAAUUUAAUACCUUGUUUUUAGUGUACGUUUUUGUUGAUUCAAUGAAAAAAAUUAUAAACAGUUGAGAGCUAAAUACAUAGGGUAAUCACAAUCACAUAUUGUACAGAUUUUUUAUUCAACUUAUUGCAGUCUUGCUCAAUUGUUUGGACA